CUUUUUCAAGGUCGUUAAGAGCCUAAACAAAAUCAUGACUGCGUAGGAGUUUUCGAUUGCCUUUAAGUUCGAGUGCUUAAGGCAAAGUCGAAAGAUGUAUUUUAACUGUCGUUUUUUAUCUUAUAUAUUUUUAACUAUUAUCUGCAAUGGGAAACAGUGUAAUUGAGGCCUAUUAAAAAUGGUAUACAACAAUAUAUUAUGAGUAUUCAGUUUAUAGUGAGCACUCCAUGUGACCCUGAUUAAGACAUUUUACUUGGUCUUCGCCAUUCACUUUUUGAUGCAACCUUUUGUGAAUCAGGCAUCAAAGAGCGAACACAGUCUAGGUUACUGGUCAACCCUAUCAGUAACGCUCUUCUGAGCGAUGUAAUUUCAGCCUCUUCUGUAGAAAUUUUCAGGAUAAGGCUUAACAACCAUGUCAACACCUGAGGUUAACAUUUAUAGCCUUGAAUGGCUGUUACCUACAUGCUUUGAUGGUGACCGAGGCUUUUUCGCGUACUAGUCUUGCCGCAUGUCUCGCGAUUUAUCUAUUAUUAUUAGUAUCUUUCUACAUCUUCCUUUAUUGUUUAUCACCUCCGUUCGGUUUCCAUUUGUUUCUACAUGUAGUUGUUUAUUUUUUUCACAAUCAGUCAAGAAAUUUAUUUCAAACUUGUGUACUACAUCUAAUAGUAUUCUACUUUUAAGGUACUUCAUAAUACAACUCACUAGUUGGCUUCUCUAUAAAAGGGUAUUUCCUGGUUCCACCAAACCCAAUGCCAUUGAACAGAUACAUUUAUUUAUAAUGGGGAUAUACUAGCCUUCAAAUAAGUCUAAUUUAAUGGGAUUAGUGCAGGUGAUUGACUAGACUACCUACGUUGGUCGAUACUCGAAACUAAGAAUAUUACCUUGGCACUGAAAAGCAAACGCUAGUAAAAUAAAAGACCUACAUUAACUUCUCACGAAAAUAUUACAUACUAGAACAAGAGAAAUUCGAGCUAUAGUCGAAGUUCUAGCACUUGUGCGUACACUUUGUUGAUGACUACUCCGAUAAAUAAAAGAGAAUUUCAGGUAAAAUGGGGGAAUUUUAUAUAUAUUGAGCAGGUGAGUAUAUAUCUACUAAGCCUUGAGUAAUAGCACUUUGAUUCUUGUAUCUGUGACUGAGGAAUUUUCCGAGUGAGCGAGAAUUAUGAAACUCCUCAUUGUCUUUAAGUCUAUCAUAUUGGCUAGCCAGAAACCUCUGUUCCAACUUAGUGGGCCACAUGUAGAUGUAAGCAACACUAACAAAGAUUUAUCAGGAUAGAGCAUGCGGGCAAAUAACUUUGCUGCUGUUCCAUGUUUACUCAAGAUAGUGGAAAAUGUAGAGACGCACAAAUUUGAAUACUCUAACUUCAAUGCUUCUGUGUAAAGGAAUUGAUGACUUUAUUUUACCAGAUGUCUAACUCAAUAGUGUAUUUCAGAAAUUACUUUAAAAAUCAGUGUACUUAGUAUUGAAUCAUGUGUAAUAUGAGGGUAAUUGAUCAAUUAAACCAAUCUAAUUAGUGCCUAACGCUUCAAGAGAAUUAUUGCUUGUGAAACGUUUCUAAUGUGUAACUAUUUAAGAUCGUACCCCAAUGUAUACAUACAUAAUUUUUAAUGCACUGUCAAGAAUAAAAACAACACGAGUCCUAGUGUAGUCACGAAAAAACUUCAUUUUAUAUUCUUUCUUUAGACUACUGUUUUCCACAAUAUUCAAUUUGAGUUAUAAAUAAAUCUUAUUGAGAGGCUUUUUCCGAUAAUUAACAACAACGUGAUAGUUACUUGUUUAUAAUUGUCCAAUGACUUCAAAAAUGUUUGUUGAAUCAUACGGUGAUGAAGUUUCUCGUGUAUUUACAUUGGAAAAAAGUCAAAGUCGAUCAAUUAGCUCAUUAUUUGAUCUACACUUAUCAUGGGUGACUUUUAAGAAGUUUUUUCUUCCUGUUGGAUAUCCAUCUAGUGUUAGCAAUGAUUAUUUAGAAUAUCAAAUUUGGGACACUAUACAGUGUACCGUUAUGAUAAUUGGGUUCUUUGAGUCUAAAACACCUUUCUAGGAUACGUACUCGGCUUUCAAGAAGUACUAUCGGAUCGUGGAUUUGAAUACUUCUUCAACUAAUACGGGUCUUUAACUCAUUUACAAAGUAUAUAUUUACAUACUUGGCUUUGAACUACGUUCGUUGUGGGGUUAUUGAUACAAUCUGUAUGCCAAAACUUGAGUUGGUGUGGCGUUCGGUGUUAGGUGGUUGUAGGUGGAUAGUCAACAUGAUACUCUAGACAUAGAUUCUUCCCUAGUUGGCACUGGUUAACAAGGUGUUCCUGUAAUCCGGUAGUUUUAAUAGCCCUCACAUAAAUAGUAUGGCUGCAAGCCAAAUACAUAAUUCAGUUGUUGAUGAAUGGGUAGCAGCAAGACACAAAAGACUUUUCUUCUGAAUGGUGAUUCGGAUGUUGUCGUGUAUAAUAAAGUUUAUACUGAAGUAGAUGUUUUCAUUCACGGUGGCUGCGUUGCAUUUUUAUCGGUUAUGCACUGUAUAAAGUAUUAAGGUUUAUUUCUAAGCAAUAGCGUCAUCAGAUGGUGGUUGGAGGUAUUCAACAGGAAGCUCUGAACCUAGGUUUCGUGCUACUUGGAAUUUGUCAGCAACGUGUACCUGUAAUCUUGAGGGAACUGAUGCUACCUGACGGAUUCGAUUCUGUGCCACCCAGCUUCACAGUCAAAGACGAUAUAGAAAAUAUUCAAGGUUAAAACAUCGCCGCUGUAUAUCGCGAACUGACUGAAGCUGAGAUCGUACCAUUUUACCCAGUGAUUCUAAUGGUUAAAGGUGCACUUCAAUACCUGCAUAUCCUAAGUUCGAUUUCAAGUAAAGUCGUAGGUGUAUACUGUCAAAUAAUUCCAUACUAAGAUGACACAUCUAUCCAGUGCUUCUUAGUUUUUAAUGGUUAUCCCAGCUAAGAUAAAUCCGUCAUGAAUGCUGUCUAUAUUCUAUAUCGUUAAUAUGACUUCCUUCUUUAUUUUAUACAGGCAUUUGCCAGCAGUAUCACUGGUGCUCUUGCAUCACAAGCAGUUUUAAUCGGUGUAGGUGUUGGGAACUCAUCAGCUACCAUAUUAAGUGCUAGUUUAACGUGGAUGUUUAAAGAUGGUUCAGGUAUGAUUGGAAGAAUUCUAUUUGCUGGUUAUCAUGGAAUUAAAUUAGACUGUGAUUGCAAAUUUUGGAGAUUUGUUGCUGAUAUCUUAAACGAUUGUGCUUUAUUCCUUGAACUAAUUUCUCCACUAUUCAAUCAUAUGUUCACACCGUUACUUUGUCUUGCUAAUGUACUUAAGUCUUUAGUUGGUGUCGCUGGUAGUGCAACACGUGCAGCUAUUGUUCAACAUCAAGCGAUCAAUAAUAAUUUAGCUGAUGUAUCAGCUAAAGAUGGUAGUCAGGAAACCUUAUCUAAUUUGUUGGCAUGGUUACUUAAUUUUAUUUUGUUAUAUAUGGUGACCGGUAAUCAAUUUUGUAUUUGGUUCUGUUUUAUUUGUUGUACUAUUGUACAUUUAUAUUCUAAUUAUCGUGCUGUAAAAUGUUUAAAAUUACGAACAUUCAAUCGUACACGUUUUCAUUUAGCUAUACAACAAUGGUUUGAACAACAAUUAUGUCAUGUUCUAAUGUCAAAUAAUAACAGUAAUAAUAAUAAUGAUAUGAAUAAAAUACCUGAAUAUCUUCUAAUGAAUAAAUCAUUUCCACAUGUUAUAUGGAUUAAUGAAUGUGAACCUAUCUUAUAUAAAACUGAUCAACCUACAAUUAUAAUGGGUUGUUCAUUGUAUAAAUUACCUAUUGAAGGACAGAAAUUACUACCUAAUUUGAUACGAUUAUGUGAGAAAAACAAUUACAUUUUGUAUUGUUCAAAUUGGGAAUGUAUUCAACAAGGCAACUCAAUUAAUUCAUUGACAAUGUAUAUCGUUCUAUUUUCUGAAUCGAAACCUUUGGAUCAGCUCAAAGCUAUGCUGCAUGUAGAAUUGAUAACAUUCAUAGUAAAGCAUCCCUUGAAAACAAUAUUACCUCAUAAAAUAUUGGAAGAAAUAAUUCAAGCAAGAGAUUAUUAUGCAUUUUUACAAUCUACUAUCAAUCUUGUCAAUCAAUUAUGGAAUCCAUUGAUGAAUUCAUUACAAUCAAAUCAUGAUUGGAAUUUAGAUUCAUUUCAAUUUGCAUCAGAUAUAUGGAGAUUAAAACGAAAUGAAUAGUUCAACUAUUGUAAUCUGUAUAUUAUCUAAUUGAUGGUUUUUUUUCAUUUGUAAUAAAUGUUUUGAUAU